AGUACUUCCUCCUCCUCCUCCUCCUCUAGGUUCACUGCCAACAUAGAUUUGGUCCCAAUCUCCAACUGCAUAAAAUGACAAAAGAAAACCGCGAUUAGAUCUAAUAGCUUAUAGCCCACCUGCAUCUCAUCUUCAGAUCUCUCUCUUUUACCAUUUUCUACUUAUUAAAAAAAAAAAAUAAAAAAAAAGAAAAAGCUAAAAAAAUAAGAUAAGCGCUUUUCAAUCCAAUGCAGAACAAGCUGCAAUUUUCACUUCCAGCUUAUUCAAUCCACUCUCCCCAAUACAAUGCCUUCUCUGACUAAAGAUCAAAACUUAACCCGAUCGGAUUGAAUCAGGAAAUGGGCUCCAGCCAGUCCGUGCAAGUAGUUGAAGAAGACGAAGAAGAGAGUGAGGAGGACGAAGAGGAGGAGGAAGACGAUGAGGGAAAUGGGGAAUCGAAUACUAGACAAAUGGGGAAUCAUUUGGUGAAGAAGGUUCUCCAGCAGGAGCCGGAGAUGUUACCCUGCUACGCGUCAGCAUCGCCUCUUUCCCCGCAGUUAUCUUCGUUAGGGACGCCGCGGCUGGGGCCUUCAAUCAAGGUGUGGGAUCCUUACAACGUUCUGGCUCCGCCCCCUCCGCUGCCGCCGCCUCCGGUUUUCUCGCGGCUCGGUGGGGGAGCUUCGUCUAUCGGCGGCGCGAUCGAUGAUGAUCGGGCGGUCAUGGAGGUGUUCCUGAUCAGUCACGGGGAGUGCGAGCUCAACCUGAGGCCAGAUUUGGUGGGCGGGAGGUGCCACGAGGCGGCCUUGACGCCUAACGGGAAGCGCCAAGCCAGAGCCUUAGCCGUGUUCUUGAACUCCCAAGGGGUUCGCUUCAACGCUGUUUAUUCCUCGCCGUUAGAUCGGGCAAGAUCCAUGGCAGUCUCCGUUUGUCAGGAAAUGAACUUUGCAGAGGAACGAAUACAUUCCUCGGAUGAACUUGCAGAGAUGAGUAUGGGUCAUUGGGAAGGCUGCCAUCGGACAGAAACAUAUACCCCUGAAAUAUUGAACUUAAUUGAAAGAUGCCAGCCUGAUUUUUCUGCCCCAUCUGGAGAGUCACUCAGGCAAGUGGAAUUUCGGAUGGUUCAGUUCUUAAAUGAAACAAUACUUGGACUUCCUGGGAAACUGAGAUCAGAUUUCACUUCGCCCCAUCAGAAUGAGACCCAAGGGUUUUCACAGACUUCCCAUUCUUUGACCAACCCAAUUAAUGACCGAGAUGGGCACUCUCUUCCUGCACCACACUGGGAAUUUCUUCAGAGGCAACGCCACGGGCUGUCAAGGAAGAAGUCUGGUAAGAGCAGGCUACAAUUUGUGACUACUACUGGUGAUCAUGAGGCUGACGAUGAGAUGUUCCGUAGGGAAGCUAACAGCCAAAAUGACCUCCAUGACUUGAAUGUCAGAGGCUGCUCCUCCUCGAUCUCAUCUUGUGUUGGUAUUUUCACCCAUUCAGUGCCUAUUAAGUGUCUUAUGACCGGCCUCCUUGGCUGCAGCCCGGUAAUGUCACACAAAAUCUGCAUCGAAGAUUCCUCUGUGACUGUGCUACAGCAUUCAUGGAAAACAGGUUGGCAGAUAAAACGGUUGAAUGACACCUCCCAUCUUAGGCUUCUAUAAUUUGGGAAAUGUGAAAUUCUAUAUCUGCCUUCUAAGUCCAUUGCUGGUAAACGAGCUGAUGAUUAUUGACUCGAAACUGGAAUCUUAAUCAUUCAUGGACCGAUCUCAUAUAUCACAAAAUUCACAAUUCCUCACGAACUGGUAAUACUUGUUUCAUCUUGUUGUAGCCUUCGAUAUAUUUAUUUCCACCUCCGAAGAAGAAAAAAUUUCUUUGGAGAUUGGAUCUUUGUAUUGGGUGAUUCUUUUGAUUUGUAGUGCCUACAACAGUUGUUUUAUACAGUUAAUUGUAAUGUAUUUCCUGUAUUAGGGAAACAUGUUUUUUUGGAUUCAAAGAUUAUAACUGAGUUUUAUAUUU